GACAACACUCUCAGUUUUACAAGGCAAGAAUUGGACAAUGCGUGUAAUGAUCCAAGGUUUCCGCCGGAUGGUGCUGUAGAAUUACACUUUUGCGCUGGUCCCGAAGGGCGUAUGUCUGCACCCGCCCCAACACCAGCAGUACCUGUGACUCUUACAGAAGAUCCAGUGACACGUGCAGACAGUCCUUUGGAACUGGAUGAUUCGAAUGACGAAUCCGAUGGAGAAGACGUUAAUCAUACUUUUGGGCCCUUAGACGGAAGUAUCUACGCCACCAUCGCCAAGAAGCCGGAACUUUCGCCCGGCGCAGUUUCUAGCCCUCUCACUGUGUCCAUGGACUCGGGCAUUUCGUCUGCAGGUCACCAGCAAAACGCCCACACUAACGCCUCUACGAGUCCCCCACUGACAGCUCAACCGUCCCCACUGACCCCAGAAGACCAGCAUCGAGAAUUGGACGAGCUGCUUACGGAUAUGAUGUUAACAGUACAAAGUAUACCCGAUGUAAAACCGCGACAGUCACCUUCUGUCACCAACGGUACAACCUUCAACUUGGACCAUGUUAAGUACAUAGACGAAGAAGAGGAUAAAAACAUCCCCUAUCACGCGCGUCAUGAUAGUCGCCCGUUUAGUUACGGUGUUAACUCGAGCAUGAUCAACGAGGGUAAGGGACUUUCGAGUCCCAGUUUAGUGCGCAAGGCGAGUUUUAAUAAAAGUUCCGGUGAUACGUUAAAGAAAGUGCAAACGCAAGUGUUUCCGGAUUCCAACUUUUCCUCGUACCCUUCCGGCUACCCGACGUACAACACAUCAAAAUAUGGCACCUACUCGACGUCCUACAACAAGAAAGAUCCAAUCGACGAUAUCUUCACCGUUAGCGCUUUAAAUUCGAAUCGUCAGCCAUAUCGGCGCGAAUACAGGGAGGAGUAUUACAAGGAUGAGGUGAAGAAAUAUGAGCCGAUGAAAAGAAGUCUCACAGACGGUAGCCUGAGGAGGACUCCGGAAAAGGUACACGAAUACAAGACGUCAAGCUCGCUGGUUACGAGUCCAUAUUCCGAUGGUGAGAAUUUGUCACCUCCGGGUGCGUUCAGGAGCUCGCCAAGAUCGCCCGAGUUUCACGAAACAUAUUCCACCAGUAAUCUGACAUGGCUGCAAAAGCAACAACUCAAGCUGAAAGAACGUCGAGAAAUGCAGUUAAGAGAAGAACGUCAACCUCAUGAAACUCGUCUUCUGUCAGAGUUGAGAAACAUCCAAGCAAGACAUAUUAGGCCAUCGGCAAGCCACCGUGCAGAUGGAUAUACAAGCGACACAACAGCUUUCGCCGAUGACGACGAAGAUUUUACUGUUCCACUCCACAUUAACACGACCUCCCGAAAUGUUUCUUCGGUUAAUUCACCACCAAGUGGGAAAACGAUCUAUUCUACCAAUGAGAGACCUUUUAUGUCAGUAAAGCGCAUACACGAGAAGUUUGUUCAGAAUUCGACAUCACCUGCAUCUGCACUUAUGGAAAAUCCAAUGGGACACGCGAUAAGAUCUCCUUCGAGAGGUGGUCCAGAUUCCACUGACGGUCUUUUAUCUUUAGUAGAACAGGAACAGUAUUUUAAACAAAGCCCUCAUCCAAGUAACUCUCCCUUGUACCGCGAUGAGUCGAUUUCUUCAUGGAGGACACAAUCGGUUAGCGAAAUGGAAUCUAGUCCACCUCAUAGCGUGUCGCCGAGGCCGCAAACGCCCGCUUUUCCGGUUCAUCCCCGUACACCGUACACGAACGCAUCGACGCCGACCGUUCAAUUCGAUCUCCCAUCCGAACGACUACCACCUAAAAGUCCUACUACCCAACGACGAUUGAGUUAUCCUACUUCUGCUCUAAAAAGUUCAAAAGGGCGGUCAAAUUCACCGGGCAGCAAGGACCGACCGACUUCACCAAGUGAGUUAAGCAAUGGAACACUGGAAUACUCCCACUCAGUGGUACAACGCAGCACAUCAGCAACGCCCACCAGCCACAAUUAUAAGGAAAAUUUCGCCGAUGGUUAUCAACACAGUCCCGUUCAUAACGGAUCUGCCUCACCAACUGUUUACUAUGUAAAUUCAAGAAGGAGCUCUGUACAUUCUGAAUCUCCACAGGAGGUGUCGCCUGCGCAUGUUAAAUUUGUGCGAGACACCUCUAAAUAUUGGUACAAACCUACAAUCAGUCGAGAAGAAGCUAUAAGUUUACUCCGAACGCAACCUCCGGGCACAUUUGUAGUUCGCGACUCUAAUUCUUUCCCCGGCGCGUUUGGAUUAGCAUUAAAAGUUGCCACAUUACCAUCAAAUGUUCAGGCAAAAUCGCCCAGUAGCGAUGAAUUUGUGAGACACUUCCUAAUAGAACCCACAUCCCGAGGUGUUCGUCUGAAGGGCUGUAGCAACGAGCCAGUUUUCAGCUCAUUGUCCGCCUUAAUUUAUCAACACUCAGUCAUACAAAUGGCCUUACCUUGCAGACUAGUGCUGCCAGAGGGUGAUGUAAAACAGGACAGCCUUACCACCACAUCGCAAGCUUGGCUCUCUCAAGGAGCUGCUUGCAAUGUUUUGUAUCUGUUCUCGUUGGAUAUGGAAUCUUUAACCGGCCCGCAAGCGAUUAAAAAAGCUGUCGUGGAAUUAUUCCAGAAAUCGCCAGUGCCAACAGCCACAAUUGUUCAUUUCAAAGUGAACGGACAAGGAAUUACAUUAACGGACCACAAACGGAAAGUAUUUUUCAGGAGACAUUAUCCAAUAAAUACGGUAUCAUACUGUGGUGAAGACCCCGAUGAGCAUAGAUGGAGCGUGGGAACUGGGGAGGAAAAAAGUUCAAACAAAAUCUUCGGAUACGUCGCUCGUAAACCGGCAAGCAAUACAGACAAUCAAUGCCAUCUAUUCGCGGAAUUGGAACCUGAGCAACCGGCAACUGCAAUUGUAAAUUUUGUAAAUAAAAUGUUAAGUUCGAGCGGCAUUAAGGCCAAUAUUGUAUGAAAGAGGAAAAAAUAGGAUAUUACAAUAUCAAAAUGAGCGAUCAGUAUUUAAACGUGCAGGUUCUUCGUAAUACUGACAGAGAAUGUAAUAUAUAUAUGCUUUAAAUUAAGUAAGUAGACAUCUACUAAAUCGGGUAUCUUUGCUUGUAUUAUUAUUUAAAAUUCACUUAUUGUGUUUUGCUAAACUGUAUUAACUAGUCUUUUAUUACCUACUUAAAUUUUAAUUUGUUUCACAUAACUACUUUAGAAUUUAGUGCAGAUGAAUAAUUUAAGAAAUUAUUCAGGUUAUAACUUAAGAAGUUUUCGCAUAACAUUCAGAGUGCCUACAUAUUAUAAUAAGUACUGCGAUUGAUUUUAUUAUCUUCCCUUCGUCAGAAUUGUCCCAGUGUUUAAUUUUACUAUGCCACUACAUAUUUACAAUUAAUUUUAAAAUACAGUUCUAGGUGGUUCCUAUCGUUUUAAAAGUUCUGUAUUAUGUAAUUGAUAAAAAUUCAAAUACUUGUGUAUAUACCAUAGUACAAAUUACUGUUAUUCAUUUUUAGGUAUCCACCAGAACAAAAACAUGUUAUGCAUCUCAUGUUGAGUAACAUUGAUGUAGCAGAAUAUUAAAAUAAAAACUACUAAUUC